AUCUUGAUGCAGAGAUGCUGCAGUGGCUCCGGGCGGGCGCGCACACACACAGGCGCCCUCGCCCGCCACCGCCGCCACCGCCACCGCGGCCGCCACCGCCGCACCGGGACCGCGGCGAGCGGCCGAGGCGAGCAGGGGCGGAGAGGAGGGCGGCCCCGGGGGCCGGCGGCCGGGCUGGCUCCAGCUCACCGCCUCGGGCAGCGUCCACCUGCCCCAGCCAACACCCUUCUUUCACCCCAGGUCCUUCUCAGCCUCCAGCUGGACUCUCCCUGGGCUGGGCUGAGCCUCCUCUUCUCAGCUCCCGAUCUCCGCCCAGAACGUCCACCAUGGGGACACCCACCAGGAGGAAGUCACACCUGCUGCUGCUGGUCGCUGUGGCCCUCGUCUCCUCUCCAGCUAGGAGUUCAGCCCGGGGAUCCCCGGCCACCUUUGGGCCAGUCUUUGAAGAUCAACCUCUCGGCCUGCUAUUCCCAGAGGAGUCCACGGAGGAGAAGGUGACACUGGCGUGCCGUGCCCGAGCCAGCCCUCCAGCCACCUACAGGUGGAAGAUGAACGGUACAGAGAUGAAGCUGGAGCCCGGCUCCCGCCACCAGCUGGUGGGGGGCAACCUGGUCAUCAUGAACCCCACCAAGGCCCAGGACGCCGGCGUCUACCAGUGCCUGGCCUCCAACCCAGUGGGCACCGUCGUCAGCAGGGAGGCUGUCCUCCGCUUCGGCUUUCUGCAGGAAUUCUCCAAGGAGGAGCGAGACCCGGUGAAAACCCACGAAGGCUGGGGUGUGAUGCUGCCCUGUAACCCGCCCGCCCACUACCCAGGCCUGUCCUACCGCUGGCUCCUCAACGAGUUCCCCAACUUCAUCCCGACGGAUGGGCGUCACUUCGUGUCCCAGACCACGGGGAACCUGUACAUUGCCCGGACCAACGCCUCAGACCUGGGCAACUACUCCUGUCUGGCCACCAGCCACAUGGACUUCUCCACCAAGAGUGUCUUCAGCAAGUUCGCUCAACUCAACCUGGCUGCAGAAGAUCCCAGGCUCUUCGCACCCAGCAUCAAGGCCCGGUUCCCGGCAGAGACCUAUGCGCUAGUAGGGCAGCAAGUCACCCUGGAGUGCUUCGCCUUUGGGAACCCCGUGCCCCAGAUCAAGUGGCGCAAAGUGGACGGCUCCUUGUCCCCCCAGUGGGCCACCGCUGAGCCCACCCUGCAGAUACCCAGCGUCAGCUUCGAGGACGAGGGCACCUACGAGUGUGAGGCGGAGAACUCCAAGGGCCGCGACACCGUCCAGGGCCGCAUCAUCGUGCAGGCUCAGCCCGAGUGGCUGAAGGUGAUCUCAGACAUGGAGGCUGACAUCGGUUCCAAUCUGCGUUGGGGCUGUGCGGCGGCUGGCAAGCCCCGGCCCACAGUGCGCUGGCUGCGGAACGGGGAGCCUCUGGCCUCCCAGUCCCGUGUGGAGGUGCUGGCUGGGGACCUGCGCUUCUCCAAGCUGAGCCUGGAGGACUCCGGCAUGUACCAGUGUGUGGCAGAAAAUAAACACGGCACCAUCUACGCCAGUGCCGAGCUGGCCGUGCAAGCCCUGGCCCCCGACUUCAGGCUGAACCCCGUAAAGCGUCUGAUCCCUGCGGCCCGCGGCGGAGAGAUCGCUAUUCCCUGUCAGCCCCGGGCGGCUCCGAAGGCCGUGGUGCUCUGGAGCAAAGGCACCGAGAUUUUGGUCAACAGCAGCAGAGUGACCGUAACUCCGGAGGGCACCUUGAUCAUAAGAAACAUCAGUCGGUCAGAUGAAGGCAAAUACACCUGCUUUGCUGAGAACUUCAUGGGGAAAGCCAACAGCACGGGCAUCCUCUCUGUGCGAGAUGCAACCAAGAUCACCCUAGCCCCCUCGAGUGCGGACAUCAACUUGGGGGAUAGCCUGACCCUGCAGUGCCACGCUUCCCACGACCCCACCAUGGACCUCACCUUCAUCUGGACCCUGGAUGACUUCCCCAUCGACCUCGAUAAGCCCGGGGGGCACUACCGGAGGGCCAGCACGAAGGAGACCGUUGGGGAUCUGACCAUCCUGAACGCCCAGCUGCGUCACGGCGGGAAGUACACGUGCAUGGCCCAGACGGUGGUGGACAGUGCAUCCAAGGAGGCCACCGUCCUGGUCCGAGGUCCACCAGGUCCCCCAGGAGGUGUGGUGGUGAGGAACAUUGGCGACACCACCGUCCAGCUCAGCUGGAGCCGAGGCUUUGACAACCACAGCCCCAUUGCCAAGUACACCCUGCAAGCCCGCACCCCACCUGCAGGGAAGUGGAAGCAGGUUCGCACCAAUCCCGCCAACAUCGAGGGCAAUGCUGAGACCGCCCAGGUGCUGGGCCUCACGCCCUGGAUGGACUAUGAGUUCCGGGUGUUAGCCAGCAACAUCCUGGGCACCGGGGAGCCCAGUGGGCCCUCUAGCAAAAUCCGGACCAAGGAAGCAGCCCCCUCGGUAGCACCCUCGGGACUCAGCGGAGGGGGUGGAGCCCCCGGAGAGCUCAUCGUCAACUGGACGCCCAUGUCACGGGAGUACCAGAACGGAGACGGCUUCGGCUACCUGCUGUCCUUCCGCAGGCAGGGCGGCAGCGGCUGGCAGACCGCCCGGGUGCCCGGCGCCGACGCCCAGCACUUCGUCUACAGCAACGACAGCGUCCGGCCCUACACACCCUUCGAGGUCAAGAUUCGCAGCUACAACCGCCGCGGGGAGGGGCCCGAGAGCCUCACAGCGCUGGUGUACUCGGCCGAGGAAGAGCCCAGGGUGGCCCCUACGAAGGUCUGGGCCAAGGGGGUCUCCUCCUCAGAGAUGAACGUGACCUGGGAACCUGUGCAGCAGGACACGAACGGCAUCCUCCUGGGGUACGAGAUCCGCUACUGGAAGGCCGGGGACAAGGAAGCGGCUGCCGACCGAGUGAGGACCGCGGAGCUGGACACCAGUGCCCGAGUCACUGGCCUGCACCCCAACACCAAGUACCACGUGACCGUGCGGGCCUACAACCGGGCAGGCACUGGGCCCGCCAGCCCUUCUGCCAAUGCCACCACCAUGAAGCCCCCUCCACAGCGCCCUCCUGGCAACAUCUCGUGGACUUUCUCAAGCUCCAGUCUUAGCAUCAAGUGGGAUCCUGUGGUUCCUCUCCGAAAUGAGUCUGCGGUCACGGGCUAUAAGAUGCUGUACCAGAACGACCUACACCCGACUCCCACGCUCCACGUCACCAGCAGGAACUGGAUAGACAUUGCCAUUCCGGAAGACAUCGGCCAUGCCCUGGUGCAGAUUCGGACCACGGGGCCUGGAGGGGAUGGGAUCCCAGCAGAAGUCCACAUCGUGAGGAAUGGAGGCACAAGCAUGAUGGUGGAGAACUCUGCAAUCAGCCCAACCCCACAUCCCGGCACCAUCCUUUCCCCGUCGAUGGCGAUGCUGGUCCUCGUAGGCUACCUGGAGCUCUGAUCUUGGCACCCCUCCCUCUCCGCCACAGCCAGACCCCCGCCUCUGACAGACACAGCCAGCUGGCCCUGGCCCUGCCUGACGCCAAGGUGGCCCAACACUGUGCCUGAGAAUGGCUGGCUUUCAGUACCUACUUUAAACAGUGCCCUUUUUUGUAGGAGGUAGGAUAUUUCAUAUUCUGCCGCAGGAUAGAACCUGUGCAAGGACUUUUUUUCUUUAAAUCAAAAGACACCAGGCAGUAACUUCCAUGAUGAUACUGAACCCUACACCUGUGACCUCUGGGGCGCCUGGACGGAAGGAACAGGCCCAUGGGAAGAAGGGGGUUUGAAACCACGUAUCGGCACAUUGGGGAAGAUGACGCUCCUGUCUCGCAGAUGGACUCCGCCGCCUGAGCAGAGUGCCUGGCCCAGUGGGAAGACACCAAUGGGUCACAGUAGGACAGAGCAUAAACAUCAAUGUCCCUCAGUAUAAGGAUAGAGCCAGACCCAGGACCAAGAACUCCCCUACUUUCCCAAGGGCCUGCACAGCUGGACCCUGACAUUGUCCUCGAUGCCCCUAGGGGCCCCUGCCACGUACCCAGGUGGCUGAAAACCAGUGCCCCAAAGUCCAAGGCCAGGAGCCUGAGUCCCUGCAGCUCUGGGAAAGGGUCCUCCAGACUGCCGAGGGUGGGAGCGCAAAGGGGUUGAGAAGCUGGGACACCGGGUAGAAAGGGGCACCAGACUUGGCCUGAGGCACAGUCCCAAGGCAGGUGACGCUGCUGUCUUAGCCAACACUGCCAACCUGACCCUGUCACCCCCAGAGUGACAGAAGCCACCGCUGGUGGCCGAGUGACUAAAGGGCUUAUCUUGGGGAGGUCCCCCACUCCACCAAGACCCAUCCUGCACGGCCCCUCCAGGGUGUGGGCAGGAGCCGGGAGACAGGGCUCACGCGCCCACCCUCUUCCUCCUGCUCGGCCUGCAGGCCCAGGGCUGCCACUCUCCAGCACCGACUCCCGCAAGCCUGGACAGGAAGGUGGCAUCUGUUCUGUGCGUUCUGCAGUCGGGAGUCUUCCGAGAAGGGCAAACGAUCCCUGCGGC